AUGAGCCUGGUAGGAAGGAUCUUGACUCUGGGCUGGAUGACUGCCAUCUUGGUGGUGCAGAUGUCUGUGGCAGAGCACUCCAGGUGGGCACUGAAUACCAGGCCCCGGGUGUUGUGGGACUUGAGUGCUGAGGAGCUGGAGUGCGUGCACAACUUCCUGAUGAGCAGGAAGGAGCUGGAACUGCAGCCAUCCACGGUACUGACUUUGGCCAAGAACUCUGUGUUCCUCAUUGAGAUGCUGAUGCCCAAGAAGUAUGAGGUGCUGGAUUUCCUAGAUAAAGGAGCCAUGCCUCCUUUACGGGAAGCCCGUGUCCUGAUCUAUUUUGGUGCCCAGGAGUACCCCAAUGUCACCGAGUAUGCUGUGGGGCCCGUUGAUCAACCCAUGUACAUGCGAAAACUGAACCGCAAGGGUGGCCAGGAGCUGUCAUGGGUAUCUAGGCCCAUGUCCAAAGUAGAGUCUGCCCUUCUCUUCCAUACUCUGAAGACAGCCACCAAGCCCUUACAAGAGUUUUUCUUUGAUACCACUGGCUUCACACUGCAGGACUGCAACGGCGGCUGCCUGACCUUUACCAAUGUUGGACCUCGCGAUAUGACAUUCAGAAACCGCCAUAGCUGGUUUCUUUUGCAACGCUUUAUGAAUGGCCACUUCCUGCAGCCCACGGGGCUGGAGAUCCUCGUGGAUCAUGGGAGCACAGAUGUCCAGGACUGGAGAGUAGUGCAGAUCUGGUAUAAUGGCAAGUUCUACAGCAGCCCUGAGGAACUGGCUCAGAAAUACGCAGAUGGAGAAGUGGACAUAGUGGUCCUCGAGGACCCACUGCCCAAGACUUCAGAACAGUUUCCACAGUUCUCCACCUACAAGCCCCAUGCUGAAUUCCUCAUGCCUAUCAGCAAGGGUGGCCCUCGAGUGGUCCAGCCCUAUCCUGAAUUCCCUAUGCCCAUCAGGAAGGGUGGUCCUCGAGUGGCCCAGCCUUAUCCUGAAUUCUCCAUGCCCAUCAGCAAGGGUGGCCCUCGAGUACCCCAGCCCUAUUCUGAAUUCUCUACACCCAUCAGGAAGGGUGGCCCUCGAGUACCCCAGCCCUAUUCUGAAUUCCCUACACCCAUCAGGAAGGGUGGUCCUCAAGUGGCCCAGCCCUAUCCUGAAUUCUCCAUACCCAUCAGCAAGGGUGGCCCUCGAGUACCCCAGCCCUAUUCUGAAUUCCCUACACCCAUCAGGAAGGGUGGCCCUCGAGUACCCCAGCCCUAUUCUGAAUUCCCCACACCCAUCAGGAAGGGUGGCCCUCGAGUACCCCAGCCCUAUUCUGAAUUCCCUACACCCAUCAGGAAGGGUGGUCCUCAAGUGACCCAUCCCUAUUCUGAAUUCCCCACUCCCAUCAGCAAGGGUGGCCCUCAAGUGGCCCAGCCCUAUCCUAAAUUUCCCAGGCCCAUCAGCAAGGGUGGCCCUCAAGUGGCCCAGCUCUAUCCUAAAUUCCCCACGCCCAUCAGGAAGGGUGGGCCUCAAGUGGCCCAGUCCAGUGUUCCCCGCUACAGGCUAAAACAUAACACUGUGCUCUACGGAGACUGGAGCUUCUUCUUCAAGCUGCAGUCUUCCUAUGGGCUUCAGCUCUUUAAUGUACACUUCAGAGGCGAACGUAUCGCCUAUGAGGUUGGUGUGCAAGAGGUUAUGGCACUGUAUAAAGGACACAAAGCUGGAGGCAGGGAGACCAAGUACGUGGAUGUGGGCUGGGGCCUAGGAGGUAUCACUCACCAGCUAACUCCUGGCAUUGAUUGUCCCCACAAAGCCACCUUCCUGGAUGCCAUCCACUACUAUGACAGCGACGGUCCUGUCCUCUCUCGGCAAGCCCUCUGUAUCUUUGAAGUGCCCGUGGGGGUUCCCCUUAGGCACUACUUUAACUCCAACUUUAGAAGUAGCUUCAGUUCCUACGCCAGGCUGGGUGGACCCAUGCUGGUUCUGAGGACAGCAUCGACGAUCCACAAUCACGAUUACAUCUGGGACUUCAUCUUCCACUCCAAUGGCAUAAUGGAGGGCAAGAUGUAUGCUACCGGGUAUGUUCAUGCCACUUUCUACACCUCAGAAGGGAUGCUCUACCACAGUCGCCUGCACACCCACCUACUCGGCAACGUCCACUCCCACCUCGCGCAUUAUCGCAUUGACCUGGAUGUGGCAGGUACAAAGAACAGCUUCCAGACCCUGAAGAUGAGAUUGGAAAACAUCACCGACCCCUGGAGCCAGAGAAGCCAGCAGGUCAAGCCCAUCUUCGACAAGACCCAGUACUCCCAGGAGCGCCAGGCUGCCUUCCACUUCAGGCAGACUCUGCCCAAGUACCUGCUUUUUAGCAACACUGGAAAAAGUGUGUUGGGUCGCAGCCACAGCUACCUCCUGCAUGUCCCCUCCAUGGCUGAGCAAAUGCUGCCCCCGGGCUGGCAGAACUCACCAGCUUUCUUGUGGCCCAGGUACCAGCUGGCAGUGACUAAGUACCAGGAGUCUGAACGGUUCCACAGUAGCCUUUACAACCAGAACCAUCACUGGGCUUACCCUAUGGUCUUUGAGAACUUCAUUCACAACAAUGAAAACAUCGAAGAUGAGGACUUGGUGGCCUGGGUGACAGUCGGCCUCUCAAACAACCUCCAUUCUGAGAUUGCCCCCAGCACGGCUACGCUGGGGAACGCUGCAGGAUUCUUGCUCCAGCCAUUUGAUUUGUACAACAACUUCCAGAGAUAUACAGCCUCUCCGACUCGUGCCCAGUGUGUGUGCUGACUCGCUGUGUUGCCCUCUAUAGCAACAGACGCCUGGAGACAACUGACUUUCCCUCUGUAGUGAAGAACGGCUCAAUAAACCAGGGCACUGCAGCACCAUGGUGCCUAAUGCAG